AUGGAUCACGAGGUAUCAAGAAUAGGGGAGAUAGUAGAAGACUCAGAGCAGAUUGAUUUGCCACCUGGCUUCAGAUUUCACCCAACAGAUGAAGAACUCAUAAGCAGCUAUCUGAGACCGAAGGUUUUAAACACCUUCUUCUCUGCUGUAGCCAUUGGUGAAGUUGAUCUCAACAAGGUCGAGCCUUGGGACUUGCCAUGGAAGGCUAAGAUAGGAGAAAAAGAGUGGUACUUUUUCUGCGUAAGAGAUCGGAAAUAUCCGACCGGUUUAAGGACGAACCGAGCUACAAAGGCUGGUUAUUGGAAAGCAACAGGGAAAGACAAAGAGAUCUUCAAAGGCAAAGCUCUUGUGGGUAUGAAGAAAACUUUGGUCUUUUACAAAGGAAGAGCUCCUAAAGGACUUAAAAGUAAUUGGGUCAUGCACGAAUAUCGCUUAGAUGGAAAAUAUUCCAUCGACAAUCUCCCUAAAACCGCUAAGAACGAAUGGGUUAUUAGUCGUGUCUUUCAGAAACGGGCAGAUGGUAAGAAGGUUCAUAUAUCCGGUUUAAUCAGGCCAAGUUCAGGGGUUAACCAAUUCGAACCGAUCGGUUUGCCUCCGCUGAUGGACUCUUCUCCGUACCUCAAGAGCGGAGGAGGAGGAGAAGGAGACUCGUUCGCAGGAUCGUUGUCUCACGUGACCUGCUUCUCCGACCAAACGACCGAGGACAAGAGUCUCCUUUCCGAGUCCAAAGACCGUGCCAUGUUCGGCUCUUCAUCGACUCACUUGUUACCGAACAUUGGCUCUCUGCUAUACUCUGAACCUCUGUUUCUGCAUGAUGAUGAUUCCUCCAUAUUGAAGAUGUUACUUGACAGUGAAGAAAGCCAGUUUAAAAACGAAUUAACUGCGAGUUCUUGGCACGGUCAUGAUUCUUCUGGUUCUGCUGGUCCGGUUAAGGUCGAUUGCUUUUGGAAUUUCUGA